CGCCCGGGCUGCCCGCUCGGUCGGCAUCGCCAGAGCAGCUUGCCUGGCCGCCCCUUCGCUUCCCCGACCCACAGAGGCCCCCCACAGGCCACCCUCUCCAGGGGCCCGUCGCUGGCUGUAUACCCCCCGUAGGAGGGUUACCCUUGCGUUGCGCUGCUCUUCUUCUCCCCUUUCCCCCGCCACAUCGCAGCGCUUUGCCUUGAUCGAGGGUCGCGCUGGCCGGAGCAGGAAGGGGCGAGGUCGGGCCCUGCUGCGCAGUGAGACCCUGUCUGAAGGGACUGUCCGCUUAAGGGGCCGGGGGUCUCUCCUGGCGCCAUUCUCUUUAGUCCUGGGUGUCCCUUCCCCCAAUGCUGCAUCAGGCUUGCCGACUGCGGUCACAGGGCAAGAAAAAGGAGACAUGGAAUGUGGUUUCGAUUGCGGAAGCUAAUAAUCUGGUUGCUGGGAGUGUACAUAGCCAUUCCAUUUCUAGUAAAACUUUGUCCUGCUAUUCAGGCAAAACUCGUCUUCCUAAAUUUUGUGAGAGUACCUUACUUCAUUGACUUGAAAAGGCCCCAGGACCAAGGUUUAAACCACACAUGUAAUUACUACCUACAGCCAGAGGAGGAUGUAACUAUUGGAGUCUGGCACACCGUUCCCACAACUUUAUGGAAAGCUGCUCAAGGCAAGGACCAGCUGUGGUAUGAAGAUGCUUUAGGUUCCAACCAUCCUGUGAUCCUGUACCUACAUGGAAAUGCAGGUACUAGAGGAGGGGAUCAUCGUGUUGAACUUUAUAAGGUUCUGAGUUCUCUGGGUUACCAUGUAGUCACAUUUGAUUAUCGAGGCUGGGGAGACUCAAUAGGCACUCCCUCAGAGAGCGGAAUGACCUAUGAUGCUCUUCAUGUGUUUGACUGGAUAAAAGCAAGAAGUGGAGACAACGCAGUUUAUAUAUGGGGGCACUCAUUAGGCACUGGUGUUGCAACCAACCUAGUAAGACGUCUUUGUGAAAGAGAAACACCCCCAGAUGCCUUGAUAUUGGAGUCUCCAUUCACAAACAUACGUGAAGAAGCAAAAAGCCAUCCUUUUUCAGUGAUAUAUAGAUAUUUUCCAGGAUUUGAUUGGUUUUUCCUUGACCCCAUCACAUCAAGUGGAAUUAAGUUUGCGAAUGAUGAGAAUGUGAAGCACAUUUCGUGCUCUCUGCUUAUUCUUCAUGCUGAAGACGACCCUGUUGUCCCAUUUCACCUUGGAAAGAAGCUGUACAACAUUGCUGCCCCAUCUCGAAGUUUCCGCGAUUACAAAGUACAAUUCGUUCCAUUUCACACAGACCUAGGUUACAGGCAUAAAUACAUCUACAAGAGCCCAGACCUACCUCGGAUAUUGCGGGAAUUUUUGGGAAAACUGAAACAUGAGCAUCGUCAUUGAAAGCUACCCGCAUGGUAGAAUUAAAAUUGGGUCACUUUAAGAAAAGCUGCCACUCUUUUAAACCCAGGCACUGGAUAACUCACGGAUUCCUGCUUCAGUCCUAAUGCAUACCUUUGGAAACCAAGCACUUGGGACAGACAGUAGAUAUGAAGAAAGAGAGGCGUCUUCAAACUUCUCUCCCCUUAAAAGAACAACCAAUACAAUCAGAACAAUUAAGUAAAAGCACAAGAGACACUUGGUGCCACCGCCCCCCCCACCGCCUUUCCCCAAGUUAUGAACAUUCCUACAAAUAUGUGUUUGGGUCACAACUGCUCUUUACAAGAAGAAAAAAACUUGCACUCUGAAAUGCAAAUGGACUGUGGUGAACUGCAAAAACGUAGCUGUUAAUCUUUCAGGGCUGCACCUAGCAUACCUGUGUUGCAGGUUGUUCUUUUGAUAGAAUUUAGUUCAGCGCCAGGUUUUUGUGUGUGCGUGUGUCUUUUCUAAUUGGGGAGUUGCUGAUGGAUUUUUUGGUUUUUAAAUUAGAGAAACUACAGAGAUUGGAAUGGUUAAAAGCAAACAUUUCAAAAUGAAAUGAAGGAUAUUUCUUCUUUAAAACGAGGCAACUAUUUAAUAGUGAUAGUGAUUCCGUUUCUCUGCUGCCUUGCUUUCAAGUUGCAUAGCAGUUUCCUCAUAUACAAAUGCAUAAAAAACUUUAUUAUACCUCAUAUGCAGACACCUCCUUAAAUAUUUUCUUUAUCUCCAGACCUUUUCUUUAGAUGCACAGAUUCCUUAAGUGAUGUAAAAUGUAUUGAUUACAAAUUACACACUCAGUUAUUUGAAGAACAUUUUUGGAAACAGAAGGAAGAGUGCCUAAUCGAAGUCUAGGUGGGGUGGAGAGUUCAUUUUCCUCUGUGGUUAUGUCUUCCAGUCUCCUCUAAUCAUAGAGAGAGACACACAAGCACUUUGAUAGUGAGAAAAUUGGUAUCCAUCCUUCAUAAUCAUGAUGCUUCACACCCACAUUUCAAUCCAGCCAUUCCAUAAAAAUACUCAGGUACAUUAGAGCUGAUCAAAAGUCCUUUCCCCCCCUAAGUACAAGAAGCCCUCUUAAGAUGUUCUACAAAGACGUUGUAUAGAAGUACAGCAUCUGAAACAGGGCCCCAUCAGUCAUUCAUAGCAGCUUGCUGCUCACCUGAAGUCAGCAUACACCAUCUCUGUGAUGGCAAGCGCUUCCAUGAUCGUGCCUGAAGAGGUGAUCUAUGUUGUAUAACAUCUGAAGAGGACUCAACCGAGUAUAUUAAAAUGAACACUAACUUUGAAGAUGAUACCUUUUUGAUAAGUUCUACUUUUUUUCUUCCUAUUGGGAAUAGAGCAGGCUUUCUAGCUUAAAAAUAGGCUCAAUAACAAAAAUAUUAACUUUACCUAAAAGCCCAAAUUUGAUCCAGACCAACCAAAGUUAUUGAAGGCUGGACACGUUAACAAAAUUGUAUCAUUGUUCAUUAAAACUAUUCCUUUCUGCUUAAGAGUAAACCUUGGUUUAGUUUUAUAUUUUUAUAUCGGUGAAAACAAGUAUAUGAAAACUUGCUGACCAGCCUUGAAUGUUCCCCUCAGUUGGCACAUGCCCAGCCCAAGAAUUUAGUACACAAAGUUCUUCUAUAUUGAAAGUUAGCCAGGUGAUGGAUGGUCAUAAAUGCCAAGUCUGGCUUUCUUGUUCCCCUCUUCUUGGCCUUGGCCAACUGUUCUUUUGCCUCCAUGAGAUUAGUCAUGGAUCAGUGGUUACUGGAGUUGACCCUUGUAAAAUGGGAGCUCUUGUGUCAAGAGGGUGCUGGAUAGUGGACAGAUGGGGGUGUUUGCUUAGGUAGGAUCUAUAAUCAUCUUGGUUGUUUGCCCAAUACGUUGUUAGGUUUAUUAACUUUCACACAUUGGCUGAUUGGUAUUGGGCUAACUGUGAAGCUCUUCACAGAAGAUACUUCAUGGAAUGAGCUAGACCUUAAGCCCCCAGAUGGCUUCCAGUUCACUAUGACCCUUACUAAAACCUACCAUUUGUCCCCCAUCUCACCCCACCACUGCUCUCACACAACCAGAUAUGAGUUCAUGAUGUUCUUCCUUUUAGGAUUCUGGGUUCAUGCAUGCAGGCUGGCAUGGUAGACAGUUUGAGAUUCUAUGAAUGGGAGUGAAUGAACUUAGGGGCAGUAGAGGGCCCCAAGCAGAUGGCUUUACAGUAGCCCCUGAAGUGUCAUUCCAUAAAUGUACAAUAUUGGGCAUAGUAGUCUUAGAUACUAGUGUUCAGAAGUGAGUUCUCAAGCCUGAAGUAUAUAGAAGGCGCUAUUUGCUAAUGUCUGUAUACAGAAUAAUGCAAUUGGUUUUGCGUGCUUUAAAAUCCAUCUUGCAGAUUCAUCAUAACUGCAAAGCAGGCAGUGGCUUGUCCUUUGGCUUGAGACUUUCUGCUGCAGAGAGGUCUACCAAGGUUUUGACUCACAAUAACCUUUGAGCUAACUGUGCCUCUUCAAUUUCGAUCUUGCCCACUUCAUGCACUUUUGUUUACUGCACUGACAAGGACAGAAACGCUAUUUUGACUUAUUUUGUUGAAACAAAUGGUACAUUUCCAUCUAAUGCUGCUGCUGCUGCUGCUGCUUGUCACCUUAGUGUUGAUAAAAGUGCAAACCAGCAUGGAAAUGUCAACUCCUCCCAUGCAGCAACAAUUAGAUUCCCAAGCAUGCACCAGAGCUGUUUAUUCCGACACGUACGUUCCAAUUAUUAGGCCAGUAAUAUGCAUUGAAAUUGAAAUGUUUAUCUCAAAAGUGUGUAGUUUUAAUAAAAUUAAUGACUUCUGAUUUCUCCCCCCCCCUUUUUUUUUAAAGUAGAAGCUAUGAGCUUUCAGAGCAGCUGGAGGACCUCUAGAAAAAUUUAGUGACUAAACAUACAAAGAAUUGCAGAGUUUAAAAUGGGUGGAUAAACUUGAGCAGAGUCCAGAGAACUGUCUGAGGUGCUCUGCUUGUGCAACUGGGCUUUCCUCUUUAAUUCCUGCUGGAGCUUCUUGUGCACCCCAGAAAGCCACUCCUGAGGGUUGCUGGGUGUGUGUGUGUGGAAUGUUUGAAUAUUUCUCAUUUGCCUUUCCAUAAAGUGUUCAAGGUUGCUUACAAGAACACACUUUAAACAUCAUCAGUGGAGUGGAAUGUGCCAAGUAGGGGUAGGGCAGGCAAAGAGUGGUGCAAGUCUGAAAUGAGCAUGCAGCUUGCAUGAGCAGAAAUGUUUUCUCCAAAGGACACUCAGGAUUUGGCCUGCUGUGCUUACCUUUGGCCAAUGAAGAAAUAACAAGGGGCUUAUUUUAAUCCAACCUUUAUCAGGAUAAUUGAUCUUAUUUGUUAGCAACCCACUUGGUUGCAACUUUAAAAGUAGCACCCAGUUACAGCAGCUGUAAAGUCUGAGGAAGAGACUCAUUAGGUAUGAUUGUUGGCUUCUGUGCAAUCCAAUACUAUCCCACUGGUGACCACCUUUUCCUUGCACACUACUUUCCAUAGCACGAGGUCCAAUCGUCCCCUCUCAGCCCUAAUUUUUUCUUCUUCCAAAGUCCGCAGAGCUAUGUUAUGCUUCACUUAGAUGCCACUCCUUGAUAUAUAGUAAAUGUUUAUACCAUCAUAAUUCUGCACUUGAGUAGAAGAUGGGUGGUUUCUCUAGUCCUAAGCCUGAGGAUUUACUAGUUGCAGGUGCUGUGAUCUAUAAUUUUGUUACUAGUUUUCCUUGCUUAGCCUUCUCCAGCUAGGAGACGCUGGCAAGCUAGUCUUCUUCCACAGCUACAGUUUGCCAGUUUGAUGCUAAUGGAGUUGGUCAAUAACAGCCAAGGCUGCCAAAUUAAUUUUCAAAACUUUGGGUCGUCUUCCAAGUCCUAGUGCAGGCUUCCUAGCCUGAUUUAAUAAGAGAAUCCAGGCUUUCAUUCAACUAGUCGCAUUUUUUAAAAAAGGGAGAAAUAGUAAGCCUUAUGGAAGAGGUCUGCUACUUACUACACUGUCUACAUCAGGGGUUCUCAACCUUGGUACACAAGAUGUUGUUAGACUUCAACUCCCAACAGGUGGAAAUGUCCGAAGCGUUUCCCCCGCACACCACAUCACACUCAGCGAGACUUGCUAUGUUCGGUUGGCAUGCAGCAGCCCACUUCGAGUGCAGUAUGAAUGCAUCCAGAGUUGGUGGAAUAUCAAAUAGGUUUUCUGUUUCCUUGCAAAAAGUUCCAUCAUUCACAUGCUUGGCUGUACUACAUUUCUGGAAAAGCACAUGCUCUGUAGACCACAGUGCACAACAUAGUGUUCCCAGAUGAUGAUGGGCGACAACUCCCAUAAUCCCUAGCUGCAAUGGCUUUGGCCAUUAUGGGAAUUGUAGCCAAACAUCUGGGUUGGGCUACAUAAGGUUGCAAACCCCCGGAUUAAGCUGACAACCUAUCUCUCCCUUCUUUCCUCUUUUGUGUCUUGUCUUCAGAUAUAGUAUUGGCCCCUUCUUGUAAAACAGAGAGUCAGUAUGGCAUAGUGUUGGAGUAGGACCAGGAAGACCCGCGUUCAAAUCCCCAUUCAGUCAUGAAGCUCACUGGGUGUCUGGGCCAGCUAUGUAUCUCUCAGCCUAACCUACCUCACAGGGUUGUUGUGAGGAUAAACAUAACCAUGUACAUGUAACUCUGGGCUCCUUGGACAAAGAGCAGGUUACAAACAUAAAUAAACAGAUGGAGGUAAUUUGUCU